AUGAGCACACCAACAGAUCAGCCCACCCAAUCCACUGAGCGCAUCGUGAUGGGUUGCUUAUUCACAUUUUCUGAACCCAACGGACUCAUUGAGAUCCCACUCACGGACGCAGUCGACGGCUUUUUCAGCUUGACGAGAGCGAGCCGAUACUUCAGGGAUAUCGCAGACAUAGAACGGUACAGAAUCAGAAUUUCCAGUGAGGAAUUCGACGAACCAUCAAUCAUGCAUGUCUUGUACGACAAAAAGUUGCACGGUACACCAAAAUGCCCUUACCUCGUUAUCAGAGUAACCUACGGAGGACAAACUGUAGACCUCAAAAGGAAGGAUUAUAUGGCUGCCACUAAAGCCGUCGAGCAGGUGUUACGCAUGGUCGCACCUUACAAGGAGAAGUAA